AUGGCAUUUCCGCUAGUGUGGCCAGGUGCCGGCAGCAUCGCUCUUGCUUCGGCCUGCUUGUACGGCCAUGUCUCAGUGGUGCGCUGCCUUCUGCAGUAUAGCGCUCAUCCGGAGCUGACUGACGAGCGCGGUCGGAAUGCUUUUCACUUGGCAUGCUGCAGCAGUCCAGAGAUUGUGCGCGACCUGCUUGGAAGCAACCGGAACCUUGCCUUUCUGAAGGACGAUCAGGGCCGCAAUCCGCUUUUCUACGCCAUGGGUAACAGCCAGGAGGAAGGGAAGAUGGAAGUCCUGAAACACUUGCUGGAGGUGAGGUGCAGUGCCCGUGAGGUGGAUGUCUUUGGUCGGUCGGCGCUGUACUACGCAGCUCGUUCAGGUCACAUGAAAGUCGUCGCGCUACUGCAGCAGGCGACCUCGGACAUUCUCAGGAAAAGAAGCAGCGCAGCCGCGAGGGAAGCCGCAGAGGCUCAGAAAGCCGCUGCGAAGGUUCAGGCAGAGCGAAGGAAAUGGGAAGUCACCCAGGUUGCCAGGGCCGCGAUGGCUGAGGAAGAGCGGAAGUCACGUGAAGUGGCUGAGGGAAGAACAAAGGCCUUUGAAAGAGAAGCCGAAAUCGCUGAAGUGAGGAGAGUCCAGGAAGUUGCGGAGGCCGGCAGGGCUGCUGCAAGGGCUGAGGAGGCUCGACACAAGCGCGAAGCGGCCAAGUUUGCAAGGGCUGCCUCGGCAACUGCAGCAGAGGCGGAGAAAGCGCAGAAAGCUGAAGAAGCUGCGAAAGCUGCAAGGGCCCUGGGAGAGCGACAAAAAUUCAAAGCCGCCUUGGCCGUACUGCCUGCUGUCAGGAUGGCCGAGGAACGAGCUAAAGGCUGCGAACUUUCCAUGGAGGUGGCUGAUGACAUGGCUGCUGAGGCAGAAGCUCGCGAGGCUCGCAGUCCGGCCGAGAGACUUGAGACCAUCGCCGCAAUCGCUGCUGACCUUGUUACACAGAUUAACAACCUGCAGCUCGAAAGCGCAGUAGCUCCGGCUACACAAGAAGAGCAACUCAACCACGAGGCAGACAGUGUCGCUCGGGAAGAUUCAAUGGAUACACAACCGCCUCUGCCUCCACCAUCACUGCCUCCAGACGAGCCACUCUUGCCAGCACCUGCGGAGCCUCCGAAGGAGGAUGUUGAGAAGCAAGACGAGGAACGGAAGGACGACACUGAAAGUGCCGUCCAACUUGUUGCCGAUGCUGCAACGGUUGAAGAAGAGGGCUUGAUGGCAAAGGAGGAAGCCACCGAAGCGGAAAGUUCUGUCAAAGAGGAGGAGCCAGGCAAGCUUGAGGCUCCGAGGAGGCAAGAAGCGCAAAACCAGCCUGCCAUGGCAGAAGCAGCAGAGGCUGAGAAAGAUCAAAGCAAGCAGGAAGCCCCACCGGCUUCAGAAGCUCCCUAG